AUGUCGCAGAAUUUCCGUAUUCGAAUACAUUUCGUGAAUAUUUUAAAUGGUUCCGGAGAACCGCUGACUAAAAUAUGGCAUUACGUUGACGUAAAAAAAGUUUCGACCAUAUCAGACCUGAUCAGACAAAUUACAAAAAGAUACGAACUUUCCCCCAAUUCCGUUCAUUACUUGCAACUUGGGGACAGUUUCUUGCCUACUGCCGAAACAAUAAAUAUACUUAGGGAUGACGAGUGCAUCACCAAUUACGACGACAUUAAAGUUAACAAUCCUGACGCUAACAACGACUACGGAUAUAGCAAUAGCAAGCAUAACAGCAGUCAUCAUCGUGAUAAGAAUAACAAGAAUAACAACAAGUAUGGUAACAGGAGUAACAAAAAUGUUAAACAGACACAAAGAAGACUCCAAGUGUUCAGGAGAUAUACAACUGCUGAUACCAAAAAUAACAAUGAUAAUAAUAAUAAUAACGAUAACAAUAACAACAAUAAUAAUAGUAAUAAUAAUGACAAUAAUAAUAAUAAUAAUAAUGACGAGUGUGAAGAUGACAAAGUGGCAGCCAUUGAUUUUUCGUCUCUACCAUCCUUAAAAGUUGUCCCUGAAGUAGGAAAAACCAUUGCUUAUAAGGUACUCGAAAUGUCUUCAGAUUACUGUCCCACAAUAUCUGACUAUAAGCAAGCAAAACUUCUGAGCUACUGUGCAAUGACAAAAUCCUUGCAACUGCAGCUGCUGUAUAAAGAGAAGAGGACUGGACAAGGCAAAUUUGAUUUAACUAUUGAAGAUGAUGAAGUCAUACUGACAAACAUGACAAACAACGAUAUUGUGAGUGCACCUGUCUUGGGACAGCUUGAUUGA